AGCCUGAAUACUUUUAUGAUAAUACAGUUUAUGAAGGAAACAUGAUAAAUAUACAAAUAAACGAUUAUACAAUUCCUAAAGGACCUUCUACUCUAAAUGAUGUAUUACCCAUGGAGAAAGAUUUAACGACUUUUGUGGAUUAUUUACGAAUGUUUGGUGAUAUU